GUGCGUUUGACUCGAGCACGCACGCGGCAACGAAGAUGGAACGACUGCCUCCGUGGAUCGCUGUCGUCCUGGUGAGUAUGGCAACUGUGGACGGAAAGGCGUUGGAGCUUGUGGUGUGCGACAGCUGCGUGAACAUUGAGUCCCCUCUCGGAUUUUGUGGCGAGCUCCGCAACAAAUACCCCGUGUGUCUUCAACGAGACAUGACUCUUGAGCAGCAAGAUCGUCUGGCCGAAUCGCACUUCGCUGCAUUUCAUGCUGCAUCCAACUCGACGAACUCAGCAACGACAAUCUGCCAUCAAGCGCUGCGUGAAGUUGCAUGCAUGUUUGCUUUCCCCGCAUGCGAACUCGCCCAAGAGCGUCCGCUCUGCAGUGGCGCAUGUGCCGCCCAGGUCACAAACAAUUGUUCCACGUCAUUCGCAGCGCUCGUGAAACCCGUGACAGACGCGUUGUGCGGCACCAUCGACGAUUCCAAGUGCAUUCCGUGGACAUACAGCGGUCCCAAUCGCGGUGCGUGGGUGGCAGGGUUUACCAUCUCGGUGGUGUUUUCGUUCCUCUCGAGCGUUGGGAUCAACUUGCAAAAGCGUGCACUCAAGCAAAAUGAAGUCACGGCCCACGAAACAGGCACGCAGCCACUGUCACCGUUCCGGCUGCCCCUGUGGACUCUGGGGUUCUGCUUGAUCGUGGCCGGGUCACUGCUCGAUUUCAUUGCGUUUGGUUUGGCUCCACAGAGUCUACUUGCUCCGCUGGCUGCGCUGACGUUGGUGUGGAAUAUGAUGCUCGCGCCAUGCUUCAAUAAGGAGCGGUUGUCGCGCAAGGACAUUUGGGCGACUCUUAUCAUUUUUCUCGGUGCGACUCUGGCCGUCGUAUUUGCCAACCACAACUCGCCGUCGUAUACGCUGGACGACCUGAAACAUCUCUACCGGAACUCCCUUACACUGCUCUACUUUGCUAUCGUGUUUGUGCUCAUUCUGCUGCACUACGUUGUGAUCAAGUGCGUCGAGCACCUCCACUUGGCGUCGCACCGCCACCGCAUCAUCAACUUUGGCGACCCGUCCGUGUGGUCCACGGUGCGCCUUGUCGCGUAUGCUGGGCUGGGAGGGCUCAUGGGUGGCCAGUCGGUGCUGUUUGCAAAGUCGACUAUCGAACUGGUCAAGUCGCUCUUUGCCGGCGGCGACUGCUUCACCCACGCUGAGACGUACUGCAUCAUCGUCGCGAUGGGAGGGUGCUUGAUCGCACAGAUGCAUUUCCUCAACGGCGGGCUCGCCAACUACGACGCACUCUCCGUCGUUCCCAUUUACCAGGCGUACUGGAUCAUCAGCGGCGUCAUGGGAGGGGCCGUGUACUUUCAAGAGAUUCGUUCCUUUUCUGAAUUCCAAGCAUGCAUGUUCGUCGUUGGUAUUUUGACCACAAUCGGCGGCGUCGCCCUUCUCGCGCAGCGGUCCCUUCUCACACCGCCACCGCUGCUAAAAAAGCGCAAGACGCUUGCCAGCCGCAAUUUGAGCUCGUACUGGCAUAAUCCCCAAGCGCUCGCAAAGAGCGUCAACCUAGCCGGUGGCAGCGCGGACGGCGCUGUUGGCUCGUCCGAUGACAUGAAACCAAGAGCGGUAGGGCGGCACGCGUCCGCCAUCACCACCACCACCGAGGAAGGUGACGAGGAGGGUCCUGCAGUCAGCCAGGGCAGCAGCGACGACGACGGGGCGACCGGCGGUGCGGGUGAAGCGGCGCCGACCUCCAAUGGCAUCGACGAUGACAACGAAGACAUGAAUAGCAUGAACCGACAAGCCAUCGAGAACUCACUCGACAUGUCACCCAUGGGCACGUUCUUGAUGGGGUUUCCGUCCCAGCGCAAUCUGAGCAUUUUCCUCCGACGAGAGUCCAGCAACCGACUGGCGUCGGCAAAUUUGCGGCCGAACCACCCGCGGAUGGCGCAGGACGACAUCGAGAUCGGGACCGGCACCGGUAGCACGUCGAAUCGAACGGUCGAUGGCACGGGUGCAGACGUCGUCGCCACUGAAAGCGCAGACGAAAAGCGAAAGGCCAAACGACGGUCCAUCACGUUUGCAGGGUUCAAGUCGUCCAAGAAAUAGCGACCUCGGUCUUUCUACGUAACUAUUGGUGCAUUCGAUCAACCCACAGCAACUUGCCAGUGGAGGUGGCACCAAACACUUCAUGCAGGCCGCGCGGCUCGAAUUUCACAUGAAAUGGACCAGGAAGCCCCUGGUGCUUUCGGCAGAAGCGGGCGGACUCACGAGAGCUGCGGCAAGUUGCUUGGGUAUUACGUUAAAUAAGUGUGACGUCGUGGGUCGAGAGCUACGAUGGAUCGGACGGGUCGUCCUGCCGCAGGUCGUCGUCGCCUUUCGACCCUUCCAUGAGCUCGGACACUUGUGUCUGGAGCAUGACAAGAGUUUGCUGGAUCUUUGUGUUUUGAUGGGCGAGUUGAAUAAUCAUUCCUUG